AAGACGAUCGCGCUGAUUUAAUCAGGAAGUCCAAAAUCAACCAUUGCUGUUUCAAAAACAAAAUUAAAAAAAAUAAAUGGACAUCGUGUAUCAUCUACAAUCAGAUGGUGAGUUUGAUAGAAAACCAGCGAAAUCUCUUUUAGAACUUAAACAAAAUGAAUGAAACAAGUUAAAUUAAUGGAUCUAAAAAAAUGCUUUUGAAAUUAUGGAUUUUGAUAAUUUUUUCGAGCUGCGCGUUUUGUUAUGAUGAUACCCUUAAAGUUGGUGUUAUUCAGAACAGAGGAGAAGAAACGACUGAAGAAUUGUUUCGUAAAGUCUUGAACAAGGAGCUUCAAUCUGGUCCAUAUGUCGCAUUCCAAACAAUCACCGAAGUUGUACCGGAGGAAGAUGCCUGGUACUACCAUCGGGCUGUGUGCAAACUACUUACACAAGGCGUACAAGUGAUUGUUGCUAAUACAUCAUCGGCAACAUUCCCAAUUCUUGCAUCCUAUUCCAAUGAGUACAAAUUCCCAUUCAUUAGUCCUGAUUUACCUGAAGCACCUGAAGAUCCGAGAUCUCCUGAUCUGAUGGCCAAAUAUGGAUUUGGUAUUCGUCCAAGCACUACACGAGCCACCUUGGAUUUGAUUCGAUACUUUGGAUGGCAAAACAUUGUUUACAUAUACGACGAUGAUUUUGGUCCAGAAAAACUUCAGAUCAUGUUUCGCGUCGCAUACUCAGUAUUAAAGCUACAUUUGUUUGGAUUCUUAAAAGCUUCAUCUGAUAUAGACGUUGUGCAAUACCUUACAAAGUUAGAUACUUCAUCCAAACAAAACAUCAUACCUGUCAUACUUGACAUGGACCCAGCACUGGCAACUGACAUUCUUCUGAGAUUUGUGCAUGACCAUGGAGUGCGGAAAGACAAAUUUCAUUUCCUUCUUGUCCAACCGACGCUGGAAGAUUUCUGGAUAUCACAUGAAGCAGAAUUUCGAGUCUUGAAUAUUACUAGUUAUCUCGCAGUCACCCCUAAUUUUAAGAGAUUCAAUAGGGUCAACGAAGAAUGGAGAAGACUUUACAAUUACGAAGGACCAUUUCCCAAUUCCAGCCUCAAAUUAUCACAUUAUUACUACCAUGAUGCUGCUCUGGUUCUAGCGAAAGCAAUGAAAAAAUUGUCUUUUCGUGGUUCUUCAGUAAGAUACCGCAAUCCUUCUUUUGCAGUCAAAUUCCCAGGUUGCUUUCAAACACCUCACACUGAACACAACUUUGGCUAUCCUCAACACAUUAGUCUCUUAAAAAACGUUGUUGUUGAAAGAGGCUUAACAGGACACAUCGAAUACGACAGAUGGAAUGAAACGCAGAGCAAAAGAAAGGAUUUUAAAUUAACUAUUAUUCAAUCCACUCCUGCUGGUUACCAAGAAUUCGGAACUUGGUCCGUCUUAGAUCACGGACUGAGAUUUUCCGAGAGACCAGUCAAUGAUCAACCAGGAGCUUUGCCUUUAACAGAUAACAAAUUAUUAGUAGCAUCCAAAUUAAAUGCUCCUUAUUUGAUGCUAAAAAGAGGAGACAACGCUAGCCAGCUACAAGGAAAUGAUAAAUAUGAAGGCUUCUGCAAAGAUCUAAUGGACAGUAUAUGCGAAUCAUUGCACAUAGAAUGUGAAAUAAAACUGGUGGAAGACGAUACUCACGGCAGAUUCGACCAAAUGAAGGGUAGAUGGACUGGAAUCGUUGGCGAAAUUAUUCAAGGAAAAGCGGAUGUGGCUAUUGCGGACUUAAUCAUAAGGCCAGAACGUCAGAGAGUGGUUGAUUUCACCGAUCCUUUCGAAUUGGUGACUUUCAGCCUCCUUAUGAAAGAUCCAGACACCAUCGAUUCUUCACAUUCCAGUUUUUUCCUAUUUUCGGCAUUUACACCAGAUACCUGGAUCUGCAGUUUAAUAGCUUUCGCCAUCUUCUGUGCUCUUUUUCACUGCAUAACUAUAUAUACUGGUGCUCCCGACAGCAUUGAAUCUGCCUCUGGUAUUUGGGGGAGAAAAAACAGUAUUGUCGCGAAUGUAUGGUUUGCAAUUGGCAGCUCAUUGAUGCAAGGAACAGGAAUGAAUCCCUUGAAAAUAGCUGGCCUCAAGUUGGAAUAGUUAAACCUAGUGGAAUUUCACAACUUAUUAAAAAAUCAUCAUUGCCUCUGUUCAAAAGUUUCAGUGAUUUUCUUGAAAAUAACCCCAGUGUAUUCGUCUCGAGUGCAGAUGAAGGUGUCCAAAGAGUUCGCCAAUCGAAUGGAGGAUACGUACUUCUAAUGAAUUCAGCCAAAAGUUCUUAUGAAGUUCGCCAAAAACCUUGCAAUCUAAUUGAAAUUCACGAUCCUUAUAUCUAUGGCGGAUUCGGAAUCGCAACUCCUCUUAAAUCACCACUGAAAAAUAAGAUCAAUGAUGUUUUGGCUUCUCUGACAUCAAGUGGAUUUAUAGGUGAUCUUCAUAGAAAAUGGUGGGUAGAAUCUAAUCAGUGCAGGGAUGGAAUUGCUAAUACAGAAAUUUCACCAGGAAGCAUUCAUUCUUUUUCUGGACUCUUCUACCUCUUAAUAAGUGGAUGUAUCAUUCUUGCAGUUGUAUUUGCCAUACAAUUCAUGCGAAAGAUUCAACGUAGAGAAGAUCGAUUGCAACAGUUAACAUUUGAUGAUAAAACUUUGGAACAGCAUCUACCGGAUCCUCCUCCUGAAUUAUUGGAAGAGCAACCUCCUGUGCUACAUCUGCCAGAAAUAGAAAAAAGAGAUUUUUGUGAUUCGGAAAGUUUUAACGAUUUUUUCGAGAGAAUGAAAGCUGGCAGAUGAGAAUGCAAAUUUGUUUAAAAAUCGUCUGCAUUUUUUAAAGACUUUUUAAAUAUAUAACGAAUUUUAAUUGUCAUAUCAAACAUGUUAUUUUUUAAUAUAUAUUUUGUAUUUUGCAUGUAUACAGGGCUCGAUUUGUACGAAUCGCAGUUCGCAACUUGGUUAAAAAGUAUGUUUAAUAUCCCAAGAGAUAGAAUAAGAUAAUCCUCAACCAAUUUUUUUGAAAUUUAAAGUUGGAUACAUCUAAACCCUGGGUGCCCUCUAAGAAAAUUCCAAGACUGAACUUAUUUUUUGGCCUAUUAACAGUCUAGUAUUAACUAUUAUUUUAAAAUAUAUAUAACUCUCUGACUGAUUACUUUAAAAAAUAUAUUUAUAUUUUCAUGAAUUUCUAUUUUAUUUUUUACUGCAAGCAAAACAAAAAUAACUAACACUUUACAUCAAUCGUUGAAUAAUACACAACUUUUUCUUGGAAACUUUUUACUCUAUCAUCAUAAAUGUUUGCUUUAACUCUUUAAGUAAUUUCCAAAAUAUAAUCUUUACGUUACAUUACCCAACAUUUCAAAAUAUUAGGUUUAGAAAAUGCUGUCAUAAGCAGAUUCAGACUAACCAAUACAAAUUUGUUUGCAUUUGUCUUUCUUUUAUUGCGGUUUGAUAUCAUUACUUGAUCAUUUACCAAUAAUUAUGAAAAAUAAUGUUUUCAUUAAAAAGUGUUAAUUUUUAUUGAUUUGUUUUCAACAGAAAACAUUUGCUACAUUUUAUUUUAGAAAAAAAAACAUGUAAAAAAAAUCUUUAAUUACUUUCUUUUUCUUCUUUUUUUGAAAAUUUGAUUUAAAAAAUAAAUUGGAAAAAAGAUAUUAUAAUUUGAGAGCGGAAUUUAGUCCACUAAUCUUAAUUCAAGACUAAUUUCAGUCUUCAGGACUAAAGAGUGGCACCCAUGACGGGAGCCCCUAUCAUAUUUGGCGAAUUGCAAAUAAUCGAAUGUACAAUGCAAAAAAAAAAACAAGAACCAAUCCUUUAAAAGUAAACAAAAGUUGUGUUAACCCGAAGGUGACGCCAUUGAAAGCAAAGACUGCAAAGUAUACCAUGGAAAUAAGAUUUCAGCAAAACUGAACAAAAGUUGUCGCCAAACCAAGGAGCCCCCGAUUCUACGCUAGAGCCUAGAUCGGUAGUAGUUCAAGUAUGAAAAUUAAUUCGUAAGAGCUAAGAUAAACUGAUUUUUAUUUAUUCAUUUCUGGUCUAUCGAUUCAUUCUCUCUAUAAAUCUAGCCCUGCAUUUAUACUAUGUUUUAAAAAAUAAAUCAUUUUUCAU